AUGGCUUCAGAGCUGGAUCUCUCCACGACCUUUAUUCCCGCGUUGUACAAGCCUGCAGCUUUGCUGCCCAUUGCGCGACACAAGAAGAGUCUAACUUAUCUGGUUGAAACAUAUCCGGUCACCAUCGUCGUGGGCCAGACAGGAAGCGGGAAAACAACACAACUUCCACAGUACCUUGACCAGGCUGGCUGGUGUGAAGAUGGCAAGCUCAUUGCAGUGACACAGCCUCGGCGAGUAGCGGCCACCACGGUUGCAACCCGAGUUGCUGAGGAGAUGCGCUGCAAAGUCGGUGAACAAGUCGGCUACUCCAUCCGAUUCGAAGAUUUGACAUCGGCUGCUACUAGGAUCAAAUUCCUCACAGAUGGAAUGCUCCUGCGAGAAGCGCUCGUUGACCCACUUCUAUCACGGUAUUCUGUGAUCAUGGUCGACGAGGCCCAUGAAAGGUCUCUGAGCACCGAUGUCUUACUCGGAAUUCUCAAAAAGAUCCGAAAGAAGCGACCUGAGCUUCGAAUUAUUAUCAGCAGUGCGACUUUGCAAGCUGAGGACUUUCUGCGUUUCUUUGCCGGUGAUGAAUACCAGCCCGAAGCUGAGCCAGGUGAUCUCGGAGGGAGCAUUGGAAGAAUCAUCAGUCUGGAGGGCAGAAUGUAUCCUGUUGACAUGCUAUUCCUUGAAUCUCCUGCUGAAGAUUACGUGGAACGUGCCGUCAAAACAGCCUUCGAAAUCCACACACAAGAAGCUGAGGGCGAUAUACUUAUUUUUCUCACUGGACGGGAGGAGAUUGACCGAGCAAUCCAGAUGAUCUCUGAACGGGCCGCAACCCUUCACCCCAAGGCCCCUUCUCUUCUUACACUGCCUCUUUACGCUGGUCUCACAACAGACCAGCAGAUGUACGUCUUCGAGCCGGCGCCGGAGAAUACGCGCAAGGUUAUUGUGUCGACCAACAUUGCGGAAGCUUCAGUCACAAUUGACGGCAUCGUCUACGUGAUUGACUGUGGAUUCGCCAAGCUCAGAGCUUAUGAUCCCAGCACGGGUAUCGAAACCUUAACCGCUGUGCCAAUAUCCAAAGCAUCUGCUACUCAACGUGCUGGACGAGCAGGCCGAACAAAACCGGGAAAAUGUUUCCGGUUGUAUACUCAGCAAACAUACGAACAACUUCCCGAGGCAACUCUUCCCGAAAUCCAGCGAUCGAACCUCGCUCCCAUCAUCAUGCAGCUCAAGGCACUGGGCAUCGACAACAUUGUCCGCUUUGACUUUUUGACCCCUCCCCCGGCCGAGCUCGUGAUUCGUGCCCUUGAACUGCUUUAUUCACUCGGUGCGGUGGAUGACUAUGCAAAGCUCACAAAGCCGUUGGGGGUACGGAUGGCAGAGCUCGCAGUUGACCCGAUGAUGGCCAAAGUGCUACUCGCUGCACCGGCUUUCAAUUGUUUGAGUGAGAUUCUAUCCAUUGCAGCCAUGGUUAGUCUCCAGGGGACCGUCUGGGUGCAACACGAUGGCGACAAAAAGAACGCAGAGAGUCAUAGACGAAAGUUUGCCGUGGAAGAAGGGGACCACCUCACCUAUCUCAACGUGUACCAAGCAUUUGUGACCAAGGGCAAGAAGGAUUCGAAGUGGUGUCGCGAUAAUCUCUUGAAUUACCGAGCUCUGUUACGAGCAGUGAGCAUCCGCGGCCAGCUGAAGCGGUACCUCGAACGAUUCGGGAUCCAGACCGACGAAACCCUCUCGUCACGUCAUGGUGCGGUUGAUCUCAGCCGACAGCCGGAACAAAUCCAACGAUGUCUCACCAUGGGCUACUUCGCCCACGCAGCCAAGAUGCAACCCGAUGGUACCUUCAAGACUGUCAGUGGCGGUCUUACGCUUCACGCUCACCCCAGUUCCUUGAUGUUUAAUCGAAAAGCCGACUGGGUGAUUUUUCAUGAGAUCAUGCAAACGGGCAGCAAGACAUACAUUCGCGACGUCACCAAGAUUGAGAAGAGCUAUUUGCUGGAGUAUGCUCCCGAGUAUUACAAAGUCACCUAG